AUGAGGCUCUCCAACAGUAUUGCAGGCCUUUGUCUGCUUACAUUGGCGUCAGGCGCUGCGGCUCGAAACGCAACUCAGCAGCAAUCUAUCAACAAUGCGACAGCCUUGCCAUUGCCUCUUUGUGGUGUAAAUUCAACCUCAGCUCCCGAUAUCUAUAUCUAAUCCCUAACAAAACCUGUAGCAACGCUGCUACGCUCAAGUGCUUCCCACUUACGACUGCAAUUCCGGAGACGCCAGCUGCAUUUGCCCCAAUGCCAACCUGACGACAGCCCUGUCGGCAUGUUCUCAAUCCAAUUGCACGGUCCCAGAACAGCUUAGUAUGUUCGCAGUCCAAUCCAUGCAUGAUCGCAUUCUGACACCUUCCUCAGCGUUCGAGAAAUUUUCGAAAGACAGCUGCGGGGCCAUCAGCCGCAAUCAUUCUAGCAACACACGGGUUACUACAUGGACGCUCUUCGCUCUAGCACUCGUCUUCGUGGGGGCCCGUUUCAUUGCGCGCCCCGAGAGGCUCAAAGGGAGUGGCUACGGAAGUGAUGAUUGGACCAUCGCUAGCACACUUCUCGUUCUGUUGCCCCUGAAUGUCCUUGUUCAAGCAAUGACGAACAACGGUCUCGGAGCAGACAAUUAUACCCUACAGGCCAGCGAGAUCACGGCGUUCUUGAAAGUGAGUUUUAACUUGCCAACCGACUGGUAGCAUCAUACUUAUCACGUCAGGAAUUCUACAUCUUCGAAAUACUCUAUACCCUUGUCGUCUUUCUCACGAAGGUCUCUAUCCUGCAACUCUACCUACGCAUCUGGACUGUCGAAGCAGUCUCCAGGUGGUUUCGGCUUGCCGUAUGGUCUCUGAUCCUUUUGAAUCUUGUCACCAUGCUGGCAUUUGCGUUGAGCUUGGUCGCUCAAUGCAGUCCGAUCAGCUAUGUAAGCCCUCCUUGUGACACGACAAAAGCGCGAAGAAGUCGCUAACAAACUUGUCCGACAGGCAUGGCACGACUGGGACCUUCUACACGUGGGCCACUGCGUCAACCAGCAAGCUCAGAUCUAUGUCCUAGGUGCUUUCAACAUCGCCUACGACGUAGUAGUCUUCAUCUUCCCACUACACAACUUUCUCAAGUUGAACAUAUCUUGGCAGAGGAAGUUUGGCGUUUGCUUAAUCUUCAUGGUCGGCUUACUCGUUACCAUCUGCAGCAUUGUACGUGGUUCCAAAUCUCGCACAUCCUCAAACGCCGCUAAUGCGCUCUCUAGGUCCGCCUUCAGUACCUCGUCAAAAUCGGCGUCAGCGGUAAUCCAACCUGGGACUACAACUCCGCCGUAGUUUGGAGCUCCGUGGAAUGCAACAUCAGCGUAGUCUGCACCUGCAUGCCCGCCAUGGCCGGUCUCCUCCAACGACUCUGGGCCGCCAUGUCCGGCCAGCCGCUCACCUCAAGUUCCGGCUCGGAGUCGAAAGCGCCAAUGCACCCUACCGUCAUCGACCCCGAGAACCCCGUUCGCGACGAAGAAAUGCUCCGCAUGCGUGACCCAAAUUCCAUGGAUGAAUGCGCUACCGAAAUGGCGGAAUCCGAUCGUGGAGCUCCGACCGAGAAAGUCUUCCGUCAUAAGGAGAAUGCAGCUACUUCGAGGGGGAUCGAAAUCAAGCAUGAGCCUCCGAGCGAGACGACAGCGACGCGGAUGUCGUAUCGAGAUAGUGAGGGACGAUUGCAUGAGGUAAAGGUGAUUGACAAGCCGACUGAGGACGUUGAUCCAAAUUUUGAAGGGCGUUCGUGCCACAGCGGCUAA